UCGGUUCCUCAGCCAACAUGGACGAUGGCAGUACGGUUUCAGCAAAAAGGGACGAAAUUGGCGUUUACUUGCCAUCGAUCUGAGCCUGAAAGGUGGAAAAGUACCGCAAGUUCAGGAUGGCUAAUGGCGAAGAACUAUUCCUCCAGUCCCCUCUAGCUGCGUGGGUCAAAACAUUUUACGAUGAUGAUGGAAAGCCAUUGGACUUCAAGCAGCUCUGUGAUGGCGUCUUUCUGCACACCGUCUGGCUGCAGAUUGACGCCCAUCCCAUGUACUCCGGUGUAAUAAAUCCAGCUACUGACAUGACUGCUCGACUGCGAAAUCUCAACAUGCUGCUGCACAACAUCAAAGUGUUCUACGAGGAGGUCCUGGAACAAGUGCUAGUUAUGCACCUGCCUAAUGUGGUCAGCAUUGCCAAAGCAACCUUUGAUGAAACCAGUGAGCAGGAGCUGAGUCGUCUGCUCCUGCUGAUGCUGGGCUGUGCAGUACAGUGUGGCCGUAAAGGACGCUUCAUUGAAGCCAUUCGAAGGCUCGACUUGGCCACCCAGGCCUCCCUGGCCGAAGCAAUCGCCUCCAUCACCGACAAUCCGGAUUCAGUCUGGACACGGGACUGGGGCCGACUGGAGACCCUGCCCGAAGCGGACCGGCCGCGCAUGUAUGCCACUCUAGUCCGUCACGUAGCCACUCUCUCUCGACAACGAGACAGCGCAGCACAGCGCCUUGUGAACCUGACCUUGGAACAGGAGUCGAGUGGCAGUGUCGAUGGUGCGGGCGAUCAGGUAUGGGGUGGCUCUGAUGCUGCGUCACCCCAGGCGGCUGACUCGAGGCUAGGCGUGGAAUUAGCCGACACCAAGGCCAAGCUUCGCCGCUGUCAACAGGAGCUGGAGGAGAAGCUCGAAGUACUGUCCGAACAAAAAGAGGAGCUCAGUCAGCUGAAGGAGGCGAUUGCAAGGUUGCGACAAGAGAACUUGGAACUUGUACAAGAUGCAAGAACAGCCAAGGCCUACAGGGAUGAGAUUGACAUUCUCAAGGAAAAGGUGCUGAAGCUGGAUAGGCUUGAAAGUGAAAUACAGAGGUACAAAGAUAAGAUGAGCGAACUCGACUUCUUUCGGAGUAGAGUGGAGGAACUGCGCGAGGACAAGCGCAUCCUGGGCGAAACGAAGGCCAUGCUGGAGGAACAACUGGAAGGCAGUCGGCGCCGUGUGGAGCACGCUGUACAGCUGGAAGCUCAGCUGCUGAAGGCUCGUGCUCGUCUCAGCGAAUGCACCUUGGAGCGUGAUCUGGACCGGAGCCAGGUGCAGAAGCUGCUGGAGCAAAAUGCACAGCUGCGGCUUGAGCACCAGGCUACCCUGGACGAGAAUGUGCAACUCCAAGGGGAGCUGCAGAGGUUGCGAGCACAGGCCACAUCGCCACGCACAGAGAACAGCCUGCUGGAGCAGUUGAACACAGAUUCUGAGACCAGGGUAUUGCAUUUUGAGCUGGAAAACAGGCGCCUGCAAGUCCUUCUUGAUGAGAUGAAAGCACAGAUGGAAGAGAGUCCAACAAAGAAUGAACUACAGACACAGUGUGCAAUGGCCAACGAGCGACUCGAACAACUCGAACAAGAAAACGCAACAAAAGAACAGCAACAAGAAGCCGAUCGUCAUCGAAUAGCAGGCUUGGAAUCAGAAAAAAUAGAAUUACAGCGUCAGCUUGAAAUCAGCAAGAGCGAGUGCGCAAAAAUGGAAGAACUCGAAAAGGCUGCCCUGGCAUCAAAUUUGGAAGCGCAAAGAUUGCAGAAGGCCCUCGAUGCAUCACAGAACAGGCUGUCCUCAUGUAGGACCGAGCUUCAGGCGGCAGAAGCAGAGAACGCGAAGCUGCAGUCAACGUUGGAGUCGCUCAAGAGCCAGUUGCAACGGAUGCACAGCAUUGAAUUGGAAGGCGCAGACCUGGAAACGUGGCUUCACCGGGUUGAACAGGAGCGCCGGUCCUUGGAUCGCGAAGCAAGUCGGCUUCGGUCAUCGCUUCAGGCCAAGGAUCAGUCACUGGAUGAGCUGUCCUCGCGUGUGUCCACCCUGGAGCGUGAGAACGAGCAGCUACGCAGGGAGGCCCAGAAGGCAGCAGCUGCAGCUGCGCACACCCAAGACCUGGAGCAGCGCUGCCAAGAGCUGUCCCAGAAGGCCUCGCUGGAAGCAAAGGCUGUCAGUGAUCUACGACAGGAACUGGUAGAAGAGAAAUUACGCAAUGAACAGCUAACUAGCGAGCUGGACCGUAUUGCCACAAGUUUGGAGCUGACGACAAGCCUGUGGAAAACACAGAGAGAAAACAGCCGCGAAACACAGGAGUCUCCGAGGGAACCAACUUUCACACCUCUUUUCUGCCUCGAGAAGACCAAGGCUGUCUUAGAAGAGGUUGAGAAUCUGUCCAGCGUGAGUGCAGAAGACAAGCGAUCCAAGGCUGACAGAGAGGCUGUCCUGCCCAAAAGUACCGAGCUGAUUGAAUGUGUUCCUGAGUUGUCCAACAGUGUGGACAGAGACAAGCUGAUCUCGAAGAAAGUCUUGGAACUAAAGGAGAGCAUUCUUGCUCUUGAAAAGAAGAAUGGCUGUCUUGAGGAAGAAGCGUGGCGCCUGCGAAGCCAGCUGCAAGCAUUGCAGGAACACACAGCCUCCCUGCAAGGGCGAGCAACGAGCGGAGAGCAGCGCCACCUGGGGCUGCAGGCUCAGCAUGCUCAACUACAGGUGGAGGCAGCCUACCUAGGAUCACAGCACACAGCUCUGCAGCAGAAAGUGUCAGAGCUCCAGGAGCAGCUGCUGAAGGCAGAGGCUCAGCGAGAUCAGCUCUCUGUAGAGAAGACGGAACUUGGCCAGAGCAAGGAGGCCCUGAUGCGUGACCACCAGGUGCUGGAAAAGCUGCAUGAGCAACUGUCGGCCGACUACCAGGCCCUGGCGUCAAACCUCAGCUGCGUCAAGGCCUCGUGCAAGUUGCUCAAGCAGGAAAAUGCAAGCCUCAAGGAGCAACUCGAGGAUGCGACCCUUUCAAGUGAAGUGCUCCGGCUGGCCCAAGAUGAACCAGUGGCAAAAAACCUGCGCUCUGAAAACUCCAAACUAAAGGAGGAGCUGAAUGCUGCCCGACAAGCUGAGGAGAAGUUGCGUGCCGAGUUUGAUGCGCUGAAGACUCAGCACCGGGCACUGAAGGAGUCUCACAGCAACCUGCGCUCAGACCACAGCCGCCUUCGUGGGGACCUUGAGGAGAGCCGCAGCGACCUUGUAGCAGCGCGGGUGGACCUCUCACGACUGGUUGCCAGUUACGAGGUGCUUGCACAGGCCCAAGGAGAGUUGCAGGAUGAGAGGAGGAGGCUCCUGUCUGGAAUCUCGUCCCUGUUGAGUCGCUGCAGAAAUGUGCUGCCUGAAUCGUCACUGCCCGGAAUACAAGAGGACAGGGUCCUUCUGCGCGAGCUUGAGUCGCUUAGGGAUGACCUUGAAGGCCGCCUGCGAGAUUAUGCACGGAAGUUGGAUGGGAACUUAUCUCUGUCAAAAGAAUCUCUCUCAAAGUCAAGAUCUGGGUAUUUGAGCUGUAAUGUGUCUCAAGUGAGUAUGAGUGAUGUCCUCGGUGUGCCCAUUGGCUCCAUAGGCAAUGGCCUGUGCACUCAGAGCCGUUUUCAAAGCGAGUACGGUGACUACAAUGGCCGAAAUCCCUGGGCAGGGAGCACGCCUCAAGAUGACCAAAUUCCUGUGCGUGAUGUUGGGCCCCUGUCCCAAUCUGCCCGUUGCCACGGCUCGUCGCCUGAAAGCAGCCUCGCCCACUUUUCCAACUCUUGUGUGCUUCAGGAUGCGCCGCCGACCUGCUCAACGCCUUUAAGCACGCCAAAGCAACAAUCCAGCCCACUGCCAUUGCCGGCCCCACAUGUCACCGUUGAGAACCACACCACGGUGAACCUGGUGACUCACGUCAAUGCCUCGGAGCCUGCUGCCGCAUCCCCGGCCUCCACGGCACAGCCUCACAUAUCUACACCACAUGGUUUCUCGCGCACUCCUGCUCUGCGACACUCCAUGUAUUCACGGCUGCGUGGGAGUGGCGUCGGCAAUUCGCCUGGCCUGCGAGCCCCUCUCAGGCUUUGCACGUCACAGGAGAAACUGCUUCUAGAUGACAACACAGAUUUUGAUGCCUCGCAGAGCUCAACUGACCACGCCAAUCAGCCAGGCAGCCGGGAGAAACGAGCAAACGCUGUUUGGUACGAGUAUGGUUGUGUCUGAAGGUGACCUAGCUGGGCACAUGUGGCUGUGUUUCCUCUUCCUGCUACUUUAUUGAUUGCCGCUGAAGCCAUUUUUUUUUUGUUUAGAGCAGCUUCUAUCAUCACUAUUUGCACAACUGUGUGCUGUGUAAAUCAGUGUCAGCUGCAGUGUUGAUGCUUAACGCGCACGAGUGAACGGCUGAAAUCCUGGCAUCUGCUUGCACUCGGCACUUAUUUGGAAGUCUAAAAACCCAGUGGUUUAUACUUGAAGUAGGCUAUCAUGUUGAGCCUUGCAGCUGCAAGGAAACUCCCGAGUGAAAUAAUCAUUUAAUAUGAUGAGAGUAAUGUCCACCCCUUUGGUGCAGCAUCCAUAAGGGAGUCACUGAGACUUUGGGCUCAAGCAAUUUCACCUCUGCUAACAAACGGUCGGUGAUGUACUAGUGAAGAAUUGCAUAACAGGUUUGCUCACCACAACAAAGCAUUAAUAAACAUAUAUGGUGGAAACUUCGGAAAAGUUUGUACAUAGCUGAAUUAAGGUGUAACAGAAAACAGAGUACGCACCCAGCUACUUAAAAAAAAAAUGAAAUGAAGCAACUUGAAGUUCUUUGUUCGUACUGGUUUAAGAGAGUUUCCACACUGCGCCAAAGCAUCAACCAUGCAGUUUGGUUCUUAUAUCCAGAUCCCACAGUUUCUCCGACCGCCGUUUAGGAGUGAAUAAUUUCUGUACCCACGUUCUGUGCACACAUUUACUUCAUAGACAAAAACAAGGGACACAUUUUAUUUCAAUUUUUCGAGGUGUGGCCGAUAAAUAUCUUUCACUAGACAGCAAGGAAGACGUGGUUCACCGUAUUGUGCAACCCAGAUGCCCAAUCACAUAAUAUCGUAAGCCUUCAUGCGCCACAUAUGCCCUGCCAAAUUGUGGCAGCAGCCACAUGCCUAUUGUGGUGGCUGUAAUUUGUAUAAUGUGCAACGUUUCUGGCUUAAACUGCUGGCUCAUUUACCUUCAGAACUUUGCAACAGAAGUGGCAUUUCAUUGUAGAUGCAGUGUAGUAUCACAUUUAUGUGCAUUAUCUGCCCUGCUCAUCCAGAAUAAUUAAGAAGUGCAUCUAAUCUGCAGUGACGCCUGACAACAAAUGCACAAUUUGCAGGUACACAACGGUAACACUGUUUGUCAUUGUUGGGACAGAAUGCAGUGCCUGGUUAUCACCGUUUGUUCAUACCAUGUGGCUGCUUGCUGUUUUUCAGCAUUUUCAAGUGAGAACUGUUGCACAGUAAGUGUCUAAAGCUUCAAGAUCAAAACGUCACGGCACCGUAUGCUUCUGAAUCAAAAUAUGUGUAGGUGCGUGAAAUGACAACGCGCUAUGUGGUACAAUCUUGUGCCUAAGCAGUGCGUUUUGUUUGUAAUGCAAGAACUGGCGUUUGCUCUUUUAUUUCUCGCCAUUUCUUGCGUGGCACGGUGAGCUUAUCCGUGAUCACAAAACAGCUGAACUAGAGAUUUUAAAUUCAUGAAAUGUGCGACGCACCAAUCAAAGAUUAGCUUUUUGAUACCACUGGUAAAAGACAUGCACAAGGCAGAACAGAAUGCGUGCUGUUUGUAUUGAAAUUGUGUAGCAUCCUAGGCUGUUACAUUAAAGAUCCCACAUAGCGCUGUACAAGUUUGGGAAUGUAUAUGUGCACGUGGACUCGGGAAGCAAAAGAUAGGAAGUGUUGCAACUAGUGAAGCCCAGUGCCUAGAAUGAAGUGGCUUCUCCAUUGGAUAAAAAAGGAAAGUUAGUGGCACAUAAUAGUUUCAGGAAACAUUGAAGCAGGGCCUGGCCACUGGCAAUAUCCUUAAUUUCAAGGUCACAAUUUAUUCUGGAAAAGCUGCAUUCAUUACGGUUCCUAAGACAUUCAACAAUUCAUUUAUGUGUGACAUACUGUGUGUAUUUCGUCAGUCGGCUCAUUCUACUGCACAUGUUAUGUGUUCAUUGCUAUGUUGUGAAAGCUCUUGAUUUAGACAGCAGGUAAGCGAGACACUGGAGCAGCCUUUUAGUGCCUUGGUUUCCGGGUUGUUGCCAAACUUCGUCAAAAGCCAUCUGUUGUGUUGGCCACUGAAGUGUCCUGUGUCUCGAGCUAAGAGUGAGAUGAUUUGAAUGAAUGGCCUAAUCUUAUGGUUAAGAUUAAAUGCCAAUUAUCAAGUUCAUUUAGGUUUGCACCCUGGCUCCUUGGCUUUGUAAACUAAUGGCAAGGUGCAAUUCAUGCUCAUGCAAACCCUUGUUUUGUUGAGCCAUUUGACUAUGUGCAAGGUUAUGCCCUUCCUCCGAUUAGCUGAGGGGAGGAAUUUUUUUUUUUUUUAUAGAAUACAAGCAUGCCGGUAAAGAAAGGUGCAAGGUUGGUUUGUAGUGUGCACUGAACCAUAUCAUGACAACAGUCCCCCCCCCCUCUCUCCUGUGCCUUUACUUGUGUGUUUGUUCAAGUGUAUAUGUGUUUCUUAGCUGAACCUACUUAUUUAUUUUUUUCAUGCAUUUUAAGUUUGCGCCACCAUUUUUCACUUGCAAGGAACAAUGUGUUCAGACAUGCAUUGUGUUCAUUUCACACUUAUGAGUUGGCCCUGUAUUGGGAAAGCCACAUUACUUUGCCACAACGAAAAUUAGCUUACUUUGAUGUGUGUUGUGAGAGUGUUGUUGUGCAGGAUAACAGAGAAUUUAAAGUCGAGGUGAGGCUUUUAUUGCUGCAUAUUCUUUGUUGCUUGCUAUGUAACAAGCUAAGAUGGUGCACAACAUGUCAUAAAAGCAUGUUAUCUGCUGCUCAUAUCAGCUGACUUUGACGUGGCUGCAAACUUUUAUUUUGCUAACCAUCUUAUGGAGUCGGACCUCGAUAUAACAAACCUCGACUUAUUGAAACUCCCUAUGUUACGAAACAUUUUCGUUUCCCAAUGUUAGUUCCAUUGAAAACUACAUAUCUAUUUUUUUGCAAUUUAACGAAGUAUUUCCAUGGCACUGUUUUGAUUUAACAAUGUUUUUGGCCAUUUGAAGCAUUUAGUAGGAGGCUCUUUGGCUAGUAAAUUUUGCAGAAAACUAUAAAAAUGUUGGCUGAAGCUGAAGUCAUCGCUUGCACGCAUCUUUCCGCACGAAAAGCUCGAGCAGCAAAAACACUGUUGUAGGGACCUGAUAAUUGGGAUCCUCAAAGCAUGCACGCAGUGGCGCAGUUAUACAGGAAACACUGCUGUGCCAUGUCGGGUUGGUAAAGAAUGUGAGGAGACCGUGAGGCACGCAAGCAGCGCUAAGUAACAGUAGCCAAUCUCAAAGGCCAUGUGAAGGCAGCUGCGAUCUGUAGCCAAUCUCGAAGGUCGUGCUUUUGUAUGUUAAAAGCACCAGAAGCAAUUUUUAGAGCCAUAAGCAUGUGUUGUCAGCCAUGCUUCACUCCAGCAAUGGUUCCUACAGCGUGGGGGGAGGAAGGUGAGCAUGUGAAACAUGAUUAAGCAUGUGCUAAGGUGCGCUAGAAGGUGGGGUGGCAGGGGCAGGUGAGCUUGCGAGCGACCUCUUCUAGCCUGGCCCUGCCAUGUGGCUGUGCAUGGCAGUCCACACGGCUAAGUGCAUACACGGGCCUCGCACCAUAUCUUGGGAGCUAAUCUGUGGUGCAAAGGCUAAGGGUGAGCCGAGAUGACUGAUACCUUGACGCACAUUAUGUUCCUGCAUACCUAGUGUUGGAGGCCAUGUAAUCUCAAGUUUGCGAGACAUGGUGAAGCUAAAGGCAGCACAAAGCAUUUGCUCCCUGUUACCGGCACUCUUCAUCAUGCAAAAAUUGUGACAGCAAGCGUUUGUUGCGAUAAAGUGAUAUCUGUUCAUGUUUGUUUGUGUGUGUGGUGACACCAUGCUUGUUAAUUUAAUUAGUAAGCAAACGUUUACUGCAAUUUGUAUGGCCGGUAAAUCCAUGAACCUUAGUUCGUGUAGGUGUCUAAUGCUUUGGUAUUGCUAUCGUGCUUCACCUUUCAGACGAAACAGCGACUUUUCUUUUAUAUCUCAGAGGGAACAAAUCUCUGUAUGAAUGACAGCUAUGGGCACUAAGUGCAUUUAACAAUGGUGUCCAAAAUUUACAUCGGUGCGCGAUGCAACAAUUGCACAUCUUGCAUAUCAUGAGCCAUAUCGAUACAUUGCUCUUGGUACAAUGUGCACUCCAUUUGCCUGUGCUCGUAAUCGCGCAGUCAUGGCAUGACCUUUCUGCGAUUUGUUUAUAAGUGCUCACUGACAAGAUGCUACCUACCAGGAAUGUUCUGGGAACCUAUGAAAUUAUUUUUACUGCUGAAACUUUAAAAUGAAAUUCACAGUCUAAAAAAGUUCUUCGCUGUAAGUUCGGCUUCGUUAUAUCGAGGUCUGACUUUGUAUAACAUGUUGAGACGGUACUUACGACUUCUUGUUGCACAUCUGCUGCCAAUAUAGUUAAUAUUCUAAACUGUUGUGACAAAGCUAUGCCGAGUGUGGUUGCACAAUCUGUGCAGUUGGUUUUAACAAACAGGCCUGGUCUGUAUGCAAUUGACAGGAGUGUGUCCACGAGUGACAGGGGUUCAAAGCAACAAAAUUUUUCUCUGCACUGUUGCAUAUGCUUUUCUCUUAGUACUUGUCUUCACACCCGCCUGCGCCUGGCACCUACAAGAGUUUACAGAAAUGAAAGUGUUCAUGUGAGCCCAACGUUUCAGUGGCACUCUUCUCAAUCUUUGCUAUUAUAGGGCGGUGGCUCAGGCAAGUGAGUGAUCCAGGAUCUUCUAUGUACAGUGCACAAAAACACACGCACACAAACAGUACUGUGUAUGUGUACCUUUCUUUCUUUGCGUCUCGCAUUUACUAUGCUGACAGCUCAGCACCAACUCCCGUAGAGUCCCGCAUGACUGAUGGCCGAGUGGAAGCCGCAGAAAUAUCUGGCGUCCAAACUGGACAAAGCAGCCUCUGGCUCUUGCAUCUGAGGUAAACCUAAUGCAGGUAGCUUCAAACGUGCAGAAAGUUCGUAACAGUGAAACAAGCCAGGGAGUGGCAUUAUGUUUUUAUUAAGUGGUUUCGGACUUAGUAACAGCAUGGUGUAGCUUUCCAAGUGCUACAGUUCCAUGCGGCCUCGGAUUGCAGCACUGUGGUGCUGCCCUAGCGUUGACUUGGUGGACCUUUAGAAGUCAGAAUUUUGACAUCCAUGGCUGCAACUGCUUGCCGUUUAUGGGCAAAACGCCUUGUUCAUAAGCUUCAAUGCACUGUGAAGGCAGAGUUCUUGUCACUGCAUAAACUUUGCAGCAUCAAAGGCACAGCUUUUCAAAAGCAAUCCUCAAAACUUGCCGACAUCAAUGUGUCAAUGCAGCGAUAUGCACCGGUAUAUGCUGGUAAUGCCCCAGGCGCUGCUGGUGACGAAACGUCUGGUGUGCUUGUUUUGGACACUACCUGUAGAGACAUCACUUCCUGAUGCAAAGUGUGGCUGGGAAAUCCAAAAUAUCUAAGCCGGUUAGAGGUCCUUCCAUAUCUUUUGCCAAGUGACAUAGGUGCUGCUGUACUGUAGCAUUCUUGUGAUUUGGCUGCAAUUCAUGGAACUUCUAAGGCAGGAUUUGUUGACGUUAAAAUGCAAACUUUAUUCAAAUCAACCCCUAGUGAAAGUGCAGUAUAUCAGGCUGACACUGUUGUGUCGUGCUUUUGCUCUUGCUAUUUUUAGAGAUGAAGCGAUACGCACAGAUGAUGUCGCCUGCCCCUUUUCCCUUGUCUGAGGGUCUGCCAAUUGUUGCUAUAUUAAUAAGAUAUAUUAAUUGUGGCUAUUGCUAUGUGUUAAUGUUAUGCAGUUAGGAGAUACUACACUCAGAAAGUCAAGUAUGUGUAGUAGCGUGCAUGUUGUAAGCUUGUCACUGCUUUGUGAACAAAGGUCUGCACUGCAUUUAUCGAAACUGCCCACAGCUUCCUCCAGGUUGUGCCUGUAUGUGUAUUAUGAGGCAGUAAGCAUACCAGUCAGCCUGUAGUGAGUGUCCGUAGAACAAAUGUAAUUUAUUAUAGGAAACGCACAGUGCUACAAGUUUAGACCAGUUGCCUGCUUGUGCCUGCUGUUUAGCUUAGUAAGUGUACUUGGACCCCCCCUCGGGUUGUCUGCGCUCUUUAGUCUACAGCAACUCUAUGCAAUGAUCUUUUGGUUAGUGCUUGCUUUCCUUGAAUGGCAGACUAAUUUUUUUUGUGCUGGUGGAAACGCGUGAUCUUUUUGCUGAAUGCUGACAGCUUUGGGUCCUUCGAUGGGACUGUUUUCCAUUUAAUUCAAUUUGAUUUCACAGGGUAAUCACAUGAACAGGCAGUGUUAUGGUUUUUGCGGUGUUGCAGGUUCGAAGCAUUGGGAAGCACCAUUUCGUGGUGGCUUCUCCUGACCUCUAAAGCGCUCCUAAGGAGGUAAUAUAUCACUGCCAUAAGUUGCACGUUUUGAAUAGGGAAGGGCUCCUUCAACUUCAAUAGAUGUGAGUGACUCCGAAGAGUAAGGAGUUUUUUCUUUCUUAUAGCUUAGAAGUGCUGUUCUCAGUGGUGUGCCUCAGUUUUUCUGAUUCCUUGCUGUGAUGCUGGCUAAAGCCUUGUGCUUAAUAUGCUUAAUACAUAUAUAGAAGCAAAGAAAUUUACUGCUCUCAUCUGAGCAUUGUGCCUGUGUAGUCCAUCAGGUUGACCUGUCAAACAUUUCUUGUGAUGCAGAUUAUAAUGCGUGUCUGCCUGAACGUUUCAUUCUCAAGGCUGCAGUCUGCUUCAGCUUUUGACCAAAUCAUGUUAUUUAUGACAGCUUCACAUUAUACAUUUGUUUUUUGCAUUUAUUUUAGAUUUUAUAUGUAAAUAGAUGUACAGCUCAUUGUCGUUAGUUUUGUUGGUUGUCACGUUUUCUGCUUUUCAGAAGCCUGUGUGAGAAUUAAGUUGUUGAGCUCAGAAAGAGAACUUCGUUGCCUUGUAGGUGUUGCCUGAAGAUUUUUUUUAAAUGUAUUUUCAUGCUUUGGGUCUUCUGAGAGGAAUGAACAGCAAAUAAAAGUCUUCUGUGGUCUGAA